ACUCAAAAUAAAUGAAAUUCCGUUUUUUUAAGUGCGAGUAUUCUUUCUCAGGUCUCCCAGAUUGUAUGUUUAUAGUUUCAGUUUAGAAUGUGUCACUCCAGUCUUUGCUAUUUGUUAUUUGUGACUAGACCCAGAUUCACACAGUUGCCCUAAAUUGCUCAGUUCUUACACAGGGCAGGCUUUAACACAGUCCUGGAGCUCCACCCUCUCCAAAGACUUCCAGAGAUUCUCCAAAACCGAGUUCUACCUCACAGGCCUACAGUUUUCAAGAUGUGGAUAUCCCUGUCCCUGAUCUCAGUCCUCUUCACUGUCCAUUUCACCGUGUGUGACACUCAAAGCCAUGGGAUAUUCGAGCCAUACGAUCUGCUUUUUGAUAAUGCGGUGGAGGCGUAUUAUAAGCAGGACUGGUUGGCUGUGAUCCUGAACAUGGAAAGAGCUUUGCGGAAUAAAGCAGCGCUGCGUAAAAUCCAGACGCACUGCCGCGUAUCCUGCGCGAAUCACACCGCUUUCGGGGAUCCAUUCCCAGGUGUGGGUGUCCCGAUCCCAGGAACCGGGCCCGUGGAGGAUUUAGCGUUCUUCCAGAGGAUUCUCCAACGGGCCGAUUGUGUGAAUGCAUGUGAAAGCGAGAAACUGGGACCACCGACACUUCAUAAAGUCAGUGAGGCUAUAGAGCUGGAGUUCAAGAAAAGGUCGCCUUACAAUUACCUGCAAGUGGCUUACUUUAAGAUAAACAAGCUUGACAAGGCAGUGGCAGCAGCGAAUACAUUUUUCAUGGCAAACCCCGACCACGUAGAGAUGAAACAGAAUUUGGAGUACUACAGGAUGAUGGCUGGGGUGCAAGAGACGGAUUUCAAGGACCUGGAGGAGAGACCGCACAUGGCUGAAUUUUUAGAGGGCAAGAUUCAUUACAGUGCAGAAGAUUUUGCCCCAGCCAUCGAGCACUUUGAGGCCGCUGUCGAAGAAUAUUUCACCGCUUAUGAAGAAUGCAGCGUUCUCUGCGAGGGAUCGUUCAAUUAUGACGGUUACAACUACAUGGAGUACAGCGCCGAUCUCUUCCAGUCUAUGACAGAUCAUUACCUUCAUGCUCUGAACUGCAAGCAGCACUGCGCUGUGGAUCUGGCAUCCACCGCUGGAAGAGAGAAGCCUUUUGAAGAUUUCCUCCCAUCGCAUUUUAACUACCUUCAGUUUUCAUAUUAUAACAGUGAGAAAUACGAGCAGGCCAUUGAGUGUGCUAAAACAUACCUGCUCUUCCACCCUGAGGAUGCAGUCAUGGCUCAGAACCUAGCAUACUACUCCGCUGUUCUGGGAGAAGACAAGGCCAUCGACAUUACAGCCAGAGAGGUUGUUAAGCACCAUAUUAAGAGAUCUUUGCUGGAAAAAGAGCUUCUUUACUUUGGCUAUGAGAUGUUUGGUAAAACCUUUGUUGAUCCAGACACAUGGACCCCUGAGGACAUCAUGCCCAAGAAACUAAGAGACAAACAAAAAACAGACAAAGAAACAGCCGCGAGGAUUACAGAGGAGAUCAGUAACCUGAUGAAAGAGAUCGAGACGCUUGUGGAAGAAAAGAGUAAAGAAUCAUCAGACCUGGCCAUGUUUGUGAAAGACGAUAUCAAUCCAGUCUCUACUCCAGAAACUGCUAACAAACGUCCGUUUGAUGACAUCGCGAUAACCUUGACACCCUCAGCCCUGAACGGCUCACAGAGGGUCGUCCUGGAUGGCGUAACCACAUCCGAUGAGUGCCAGGAACUUCAGCGCCUCUCCCGUACAGAAGCUAUUCAAAGGGGUUUUAAAGCAACUCUCUCCCCUCAUUCAGUGAGUGAGAUGUUUCAGGAUAUUUCGAUUCUCAAAGCCCUGCAGGAGGGUCUGGUUCCCUUGAUGAGUGCACGAUUGUUUUCUGACCUCAGCGAGAAGAUUCGUAACGUUCUGGAAUCCUACUUUGUUCUGGAAUCACCCCUGUAUUUGUCCAGUUCAAACCUGGUCUGCCGAUCUGCCAUCGAGAAACAGGAAGAGCGCACAGACUGUCUGCUUAUCUCAGAGCUCAACAGUUGUGUCAAAGAGCUGUCGGCAUACAGCGAUCAAGGCUACAGUGCCAUUUUGUACCUCAAUGAUGACUUCGAAGGGGGAGAUUUUAUCUUCACUGAGUCAGAUGCCAAAAGUGUCUCUGCAGUGGUGAAGCCUCGGUGUGGUAGAGUCGUGGGAUACAGAGCUGGACCAGAGAACCUUCAUGGAGUGACCGCAGUAACCAAAGGCCAGAGGUGUGCUGUAGUGCUUCAGUUCACUCUGGAUCCUCAUCACAGUGAGAAGGAGCGUUUAGAAGUCGAAGAACUUCUGAAAAAGCUUUCCAGCUCAGUUGAAGCUGAUCUCCAGAAAACAGAAAUGGACAGUAACACGAAAUCCUCUGAACAUGAAGAAACAGUUUCUGCUAAAACAACAGAAGAAGAGACAAUAAAGUCAAGCACAUCUACAGAAAAUCCCAGCAAAGCUACGGAGGAAAACAAAACUGACAGCAAAGUGGUGAUAAAAAGUGAAAAACCUAAUGCAAAAGCAUCUAAAAAGAAAACAAAAACCCAAACAAAAGCCAAAGCAGACAAAACAAAAAGUAAAGUGUCAGACAAAACAAAAACCACUUCAGCAGAGAAAAAGAAAUCAAAAACAGCUAAGACAAAACCUGUAACAUCAGAUGAAAAGAAGAAAUCAGGCAAAGCAACUGUUAAAAAUACUGCAGAGCCAAAGAGCACAGAACCAAAAGACUCUACAGCUGAAAACCACAAGGAUGAGUUAUGAGCGUCAUGCAAAAGAGGUUCUGUGAUUUAUUCUGAGUUUUUCUUUUCUUUUGUUUUAAUCAUUGAUGGAGGAGUACUGAUGGGUUUGUGUUUUUGUUUGUAUUUAAAAAAACUAAUGAAUUUGAAGUGCACACUUGACAAUCAAGUUGACUGUUGUAUAUUCUCUUUUACCUGAAUUAUAAUUAAAUAUUUUUUUUUGUCUCAGGAACCAAAA